AUGCGCUGGUUAACGUCCUUUGCGGGCUACUUGGCCCCGAUCUUCCUCAUCUUGUCGCCUGUCCUCUCCUACAGCGACCAGGCCUUGUCGAUGCACAAGAAGAAGUCGAGCGCCGGCUUCUCCCUCGAUAUCCCGUUGAUCAUGCUGGUAGCCUCUCUGCUGAAGAUCUUCUACUGGCCCGGCUCGCGAUUCGAUACCGCCCUGCUCAUCCAGGCCCUACUGAUGAUUGUAAUGCAAGUCAUCUUGCUCAAAAUUGCCCUCGACCACCGUCUGCCCCCUUCGUCCAAAGGAGGAGAGGCCGCGACGCCCUUUGCGAACGUCAACGAUGGACCCGUCUUCGGGUCGCAGAGGCCAUACCACUUCUGGCAGUGGAGGUCGCCCAAGCCCUACUGGCAAUUCUUGCUCUACCUCUUUAUCGGCCUGACUGUCUGCGAACUGCUCCUUGCGCCCGUGCGACCGCUAUACCAGACCUACUCCACGAUCAUCGGCUACGUCGGUCUCUCGGUAGAGGCGACGCUACCCCUGCCUCAGGUUUUUGCCAACGCGCGUUCCCAGUCUUGCAAGGGGUUCCGCUUCUCUGUACUGGCGAGCUGGCUGAUUGGUGACGCCAUGAAGAUGUUCUGGUUCUUCACGUCGACGACGGAGAUUACCUGGGCCUUCAAGCUGUGCGGCAUCUUCCAGGCUUGUUGUGACUCGUUUCUCGGCGUCCAGUACCUCAUGUAUGGCGACGGUGAGAAGGGUGAGGUAAAGGAGCACCCUAUGUCCCAGUACCCUCAGUACCCGAACGGCGUCUACAAGCCGCCUCUGCCCGAGCACGUCAGCGGGAGGUCCAGCCCCGCCGGUCGUAGAACCUCCAGUCCGUACGGCAAGGAGCUGCGAUGA